AUGGGAAUCGGGGGCCAGUUUGUUGCCGCCGACGGAGCUUUACAUCCACCAACCAGCGUUACGGCCGCAACUCACGGCGAAUUCUCGGCCGCUACAGCGGGGGACCCGCCUACGGGACUCUCAACGGGCCUCUCCUCCCGCUGGUGGCCAGGCGCUGCUGACGCGUCGCCCGCAACAACCGGCCAGCCAAUGGUGUCGCCCGGCGGCGGCGGCGGCGGCGGAGGCGACGACGCGGUGACGAUCGUAGUGAUGGGCGAUCUGCAUUUGGAGCCGGGCCAGAUGACCCUGUUCCACGAGGCGCGCGAUCAGAUCGUACGGCUGCUCGCUGGCGAUCAGGAAAACCUUGCCACGGACCCUUCGAUUUGCACAGAAAACGGCAGAACCGCCGCCGGGGGUGAAACCACCAGCAGUGUUACCAACGGGGAAAGCGCGAAAGGCAGUAGUAACAGCAACGGCAAGAGCGCGCGCGAGAGCGACGCUCCAGCAGCGGCCCCGCCGGCGCUGCUGAUUCAACUGGGGGACGUCGGCGGGUACAGCAACAAGCCCGGAUCCGCGGAGUGCUUCCGCUCCGCCGUCUCUUUCCUCGACUCCUUCCGCCUCCCGCGCUUGUCCGUCACUGGAAACCACGACCUGGAAGGUUCCGAGUUCGAAUCCGACGAGCGGAAUUUGCUCGCGUGGAAGGACGCGUUCGGGCAGGAGCAUUACUGGCGGCGCGAUCUAGGCGACGCGGGCGUGUGCUUAGGGUUGUCGACUGUGCGGUUUAGGGACGCGCCAGAUAGCUGCCACGAGGUGUUUAUAGAUGACGAGCAGGUCGCGUGGAUGACGGCGCAAUUGGCGGCGGUGGAGGCGGAAGGGAGAGACCGGCCCGUGUUUGUGUUCACGCACGCUCCGCCAAUGGGAUGCGGGCUGACGAGCCUGCAGGAAGUCCACGUGCGCAAUCGCUGCGCGUGGCUCAACCACUCCUGUCCCUCCACGUCACGCAAGUUCCUAGAGUUAGUACGCUCCCAUUCCUGCAUAAAGCUGUGGUUCUCGGGCCAUUUCCAUCUCUCGCACGACUACGAGGGCUCCCUCUCGCGCGUCUCGUCCUGCCUGUUCGUCCAAACCGGAGUCAUGGGCAGCUGUCACCGCGACGGCCGGCGGCACUCGCGCGUGCUGCGCGCGACGAAAUCGGGUUACCACCUGCUGACGCUGGACCACUCCGCGGGGGAGGUGCGCACGGACGUGCGCCACGUGUACGAGAACGAGGCGCGGGGGAUCCCUCCGCAGCGCCUGUGGUGCUCCACACUGUCUGGCAUGAGCGCGUGCGCAGCAGGAGGCGCGUUCAGCCCGAUUAUGCCGGCUGAUCUGGCGGCAAGAGACCAGGACCAACUCGUUGCCGAGGGCCGUGUGGGGGACGGCAAUGGCGGGGCGAACAGUCGUGGGCGGAAAGGAGAGGUGCCUGUGUUGGAGGCGGUGGAGCUGCAUCCAACGGAGGAGUCCAAGUGGCUGGCGGUGUCGUCGCGCCGCACCAAGGGGUCGUUUGAGUUUGAGCGGAUUGAACGGAAUGAGGAUGGCGGGUUCUGGAGGGUUUUCCAGCUGAACAAGUGGAGGUUGGUCAUGCUGGAGCCUCUAGUCCCGACUUUUUCCGAGUUUCUUCCUGCUCUGUUUCCCCUCGAUUAG